AGCAAUGACUACCAAAGAAGGAUAACCGAUUGGACUGGGGAGGAGUGGAACAUUGGCAGCACACUACCGUCCAAUCGGUUUUGUACAUACGACAAUUACUGGUUUUAAUUGGUCAACUAAGAGUCAUCUAACAGUGAUAGCAGGAAGCAGGACGAUCUACCCGACGACCUAACAACUGUGGAACUUUUGGUUUCUUUUGAGAGACAUUGAGAGACAGUUUAGAGUUUUUUUAGAGACACUUUGGGAGUUUUUUGAGUCAAACUGUAAUCAUGAGUCUUCGUGAGAUACCUGUGUUAGACGAUAGCGCUGACUACAGCACGUGGAAGAAAAAAGUGCUCAUAUGGCAGCUUGGAACUGCAGCAUCAGUGAAACAGCAAGCAAGUAAACUUAUCAUGAACAUGAAAGGGAAACCACAGGAGGUUUCUAUAAACAUACCAAUAGAUGUUCUAGGAGCUGAAGAUGGAGUUGUUAAACUCAUUGCUGAACUGGACAAACUGUACAAGAAGGACGGUACUCAGUCUUUAUUUAAGGCGAUAGACGACUUUGAGAGAUAUAGAAGAGGAGAUGGAGAAGAUAUCGACAACUACAUCUUGGAAUUCCAGCGGAGGUAUCAGAUCCUUAAACAGCUGAGAGAAAACAAAGAGCUCUAUGAUGAUAUGAUAUUAGCGUAUAGACUGUUAAAUCAGGCUAGCCUAAACGAUGAACAGGCCAGAUUAGUUAGAGCUACUUGUACUAGUACAUUAUCUUAUAACUUGAUGCAAGAACAGUUAAAAAGGACAUUCGGAGAUGGAUUUACAAGGAAUGAGAAUCAAUCCAGUCUGCCUUUCAAAAGUACUCCAAUGGAGGUGGUAAAGCAGGAACCCGUCUUUCUAACUGAGGAUCAGCAAAUGGGGUCUGACGUGCACUGGACCAGAAAUGGGGAUCAUCAAAGAAACUUCACUGGUCAACCUAUGAGAGGGGAAAACAGAUAUAACCCUUACGGUCAGAAUAGAGGGCAGUCUAGAUUCAACCCAUAUACACAGAAACGAGGACAAAAGUCUUACAUGAGGGGGAGCAGUAACCAAAGGAUCAGUUGUUUCAUAUGCCAUCAACCAGGUCAUGUUGUCGCUGAGUGUUCUUUUAACACAUUCGCUAAAUCUCAUCAAAAACAAGAUGAUGAGUCUCGCAGAAAGGUCUACGCUUUAUUUGAAUCAGAUUUUUCACUUCCAGAUUGCGAAGAAGAGAUAAUUUACUUAACAGGUGAAUGUACGAACAAAGCGUUGAUAGAUACAGGGGCAUGUGCAACCAUCUGUGGAAAGGAGUGGUUUACGGUGUAUGAAAGCUCUUUGACUACAGAAGAGAGGAAACUGAUACAGACUGAGACUACUGAAAGGACAUUUCGAUUUGGAGAUGGUAAGCCAGUGAAGUCGAUUGCUUUGAAAACUAUACCUAUUAACCUUUGCAACAAAGAUAUGUUUUUGAAAACAUACGUGGUGACGAACGAUAUUCCUCUUUUGCUAGCGAAGCAAACCAUGACGAAAAUGGGUAUGGUACUAGACAUGGAAAAUAUGACCCUAAAAAUAAAAGACAGCAAAACACUGGAGAAGUUGCGGAGUACAAAAUCGGGUCAUGUAGCUGUGCCGAUUGCACGUUGUGGAGAUGGGCAAGAAAGUGGAGUAACUUAUCAAGUGUCUGAAGAGCAAGACUGUGGAAAAACUGCUGACUUUUAUCACCGUUACUACGCUCAUGCAUCAGCUGCAAAGAUAGGUAAAGUCAUCAAAAACGCAAAGUUGAAAGAUGGUAAUAAGAUCAUAGAGGAGCUUGAGAAGAUUGAUCAAACAUGUGAUUUUUGCUUGAAGUACAAGACUAGAUCUAUUCCGAAGAGGAAAGUGGGAAUCCCUCAAGCUUCUAUUUUUAAUGAAGUCGUUGCUAUGGACUUAAAAAUUAUAAAUGAUGAGGUGACUUUACUACAUAUGGUUGAUACCGUAACAAGGUAUUCUGUGGCAGCUCGAGUGAUCAGCAAGGAAGCUCAAGAAAUACUUGAUAAGGUAUUUAAGCAUUGGAUAUCCAUAUUUGGACCACCAUCGACCUUCAUAUCAGAUAAUGGAGGAGAAUUUGUAAAUGAUUGUUUUAACCAAGCUUGCUCAGUACUGAACAUCAAGAUUCAGACAUCGCCAGCGUAUUCACCUUGGUGCAAUGGGAUUGUAGAACGACACAACGGCAUCUUGGGAUGCAUGAUAAAAUCUUUGUUAGAAGAAAUGAGAUGUGAUCCUGAAAUUGCUAUAGCGUGGUCUGUUAGUGCUAAAAAUUCUCUGAGUAAUACAUACGGAUUCAGCCCUCACCAACUAGUAUUCGGAACAAACCCAAGGGUUCCUGGAAUCAUGGAAGAAAAUAUGACUCCUGGAACAUUAAACCAUGAAGGUGUUCUCAAAAUAGUCAGUGAUCACCUCAACGCUCUCUCUCUGGCUAGACUGAAGUUUGUUGAAUUAGAAGCUAACGACAAGCUCAAGAGAGCACUCCAACAGAGGAUAUUUCCGCAAGCUAACUAUAGAUAUUGCAGUGGCGAUCUCGUGUACUUCAAGAGAAGUAAAAAGUUCUGGUAUGGACCAGCAACAGUAAUAGGACAGGUUGCUAAUCAAGUUCUGAUCAAGCACGGGGGUCACAUCGUGAGAGUGCAUCCGUGUAAGGUGGUUCUUAAAUCUAGAGCAAAAGAACAAAUUGAAGGAAGUGGUGCAACCUUGCAGGGCCAGGGGGAUGUUGGUAAGCCUACUAUAAUCUCCGAGUCGGAUUAUCGAGCAGCAGUGGAGGAAGUUAGGCCUGGGGAAAAUACUACUCAGUCUAUAGACUUUGAUGAUAUAGAAGAUGAGGACGAGGAGGUCCCAGUAACAACUGUUCAAACAUUGGUAGAAGAUAGGGCUCAAUCUAUAGAAUAUCAUGACACAGUGAAUGUAGAUGACACAGCGAAUAUAGAUGUGUCUUCUAUAACAGAUGUCUCAGCUGAAGCCACAGAAACGGAAACCUCGACGGAGGUAGAUGAAGCUAAUACAGAAACAGACAACUCAAUCUGGAAUAGUAUAUCUGGGGAUUCUACAAAAAUCCGACUGAUUAGAGGAGAUGUGAUACGUUUUAGAUCUGAGGAUGAGGAACCUUGGAAAUACGGAAUGAUUGAGAAGAGAGCUGGCAAGACGUCAGAAUGUUCGAGAAAUUCAUUUCAAAUCGAACAGGAUCUAGUGGAAGAGCCAAUAAUAGUAGAUUUGGAAAAGCAUCAUGUUGAGAAACAAGAAGGCAAUCAAAGGAAUACAACUGUACUAUUGACGCAAGAAGAUGCUGAGCCUUAUAUCUUCGCAAUCGGAAUACAGGACUCAAAGAAGAUAGACGUUGCUAAGGAACAGGAACUGAAAAGACUGUCAGAAUUCGGAGUAUACCAAGAAACUAAAGAUACGGGACAAAGUCAUGUAUCAUCAAGGUGGGUAGUAACUACUAAGGGAGAAAACGAUGAGCAAGUUAAAGCAAGACUGGUUGCUAGAGGUUUCGAGGAGAAUUGUGUCAUGAGGAAAGACUCUCCUACGGUAACUAAGGUAGUUAUUAGACUGUUAUUUUCACUAGCAGCUUCAUAUAAUUGGACUGUUGACACUUUAGAUGUAACCAGUGCUUUUCUACAAGCUAAAGGAACUAUGAGAGACGUAUUUGUUAAACCUCCCCGUGAUAUAAGGAAGCGAGGAGUAAUCUGGAAAUUACUUAAACCGCUAUACGGACUUGGUGACAGUGCAAGACGAUGGUACGUUACUAUUAAGGAACAUCUGACUGAGACUUCUAGCUGUGAGAUCUCAAAGUUAGAUAAAUCUUUGUUUAGAUAUUACGAGAACAACAGAUUGCAAGGAGUGAUGGUUACACACGUUGAUGAUAUACUGCACUGUGGAACAACGCGAUUCAAGAACACUGUAAUAAAAUCAAUCUACAGUACGUUCAAAAUCAGCAGAAGUUAUACGGGAGUAUUCACCUAUCUUGGGUGGAAAGUGGUGCAGAAUGAAGAUAUAUAUGUCGAUCAAAGAGAUUACGCAUUAGCUAUAAGACCUGUGGAUAUAGCUAGUAGCAGAUGUACGGAAGCAGAGAGUGACCUCACGGAGGAGGAAUUAGUAGAAUAUCAAAAGCUAUUGGGAAAACUUUUGUGGUUGAGCUCUCAAACCAGACCUGAUUUAUCCUUUGACACUCUGGAACAUUCCACUUACAGUACCAAGAAAGUGAAACACCUUAAAAGUUUAAAUAAGGUAACAAAGAAAUUGGCUGACGGGCCAAAAAGAGUAGUCUAUAGAAAAUUAGAUAUUGAGAAAGGAAACUUACACCUCUUGUGCUUCACAGAUGCAAGCUUGGGCAACAUCUCCGAAACCAAGCAUAGUGCUAGUGGUUACAUUAUUUUCCUUACAGAUGGAAAUGUAGCAAACCUGAUAGCGUGGUCGAGCAAUAAAGUUAAGAGAGUCGUGCACUCUAUAUUCGCUGCUGAAACACUUAGCUGUACUUCUGGCACAGCUGCAGCGAUCUAUAUAAGACAAGUGUUGUCAGAAAUGUUGUUCAGAGAUCCGCAUAAUGAAGUGAUCCCGAUUGUUGUCUUGAUUGAUUCAAAACAACUCUAUGAUAAUGUACACUCCAGCAGUUUGUGUCAAGAUAAAAGAUUAGUCCUUGAUAUAGCCGUUCUGCAGGAAAACUUACAUAAAGGGGUAAUAGGAGAGUUCAGAUGGGUUCCUACACCAAAAAUGUUGGCUGACUGUUUAACAAAGAAGGGUGUCUCCAGUGGAGAUUUGGCAAAGAUUCUUGAAACAGGAUACUUUCACUUGGACGAAUAUCUCAAAAGAUAGUCAUCGGUCAUAAGCUGUUCGUGUGUUGUUGAGUGUUUGAGUCUUAAGUUUUUGAGUCAAGAGUCGAUGUAUUUAUUUUAGGUUUUGUGAGUUUGUUUCAGUUUUAUGUUUGUUGUUAAAAUCUUGUCGUGUUUUAAGUUUGUUUAUCACAAUUUGUUGUCGGGUUCUAUGAUUUUAAAUAGAAUACUUGUUUAGGACCAAUUUUAUGUCUGUUAUAAGAUUAAGCAAUUUUUUUCAGUAUGUUUAUUCAGUUCCAUGAUUCGUAGAAUAGUGUUUUUUACGAGUUAUUUGCUGAGCAAUGUCAGGAGUAUAUAUUAUUUCGUCUCGUCAGUUUUUAUUUUAAGUUUGUAUAUUUCAUUUUAAUUUGCAAAAGAGUGUGGUCGCAGGUAAACAUAAUAAUAUAUCUGCGUAUAUAAUAUGUUUGUAGCUAAUUUAGGUAGCUAAUCCACUUUGCUGAGUUUGUUCUGUUAGCAUUUAUUUCAAAUUUUUAUUCGUUUUAUGAGACGCUCUUAGUUUUUGAGCUAGAUUUUUAAACCUCCGUGAGUUUUUAAAAUCGGACAAAGGAUUUUCUAGAUUGCUAGUUAUUUUGUGCGCGUGGGUAUAAAAAGUACCAGUGUAGCAGCAUUUGAAAAUGCGCGCUGGUUGCGUGGCGUUUUGUAUUUUAGCGGGGUUUGAAGAGAAUUUUAAUAUGAUGUAUUAUGUUUUCUUGGUAAUAAACUUCGAAUGUUUUAGUCUCGAUAGGUCACUGCGGGUGAUAAUCAGAAGACAGCGGUAGCUCCAACGGGGUUGUUGAGCGUAAUUAUUGGAAACAUUUCGAGAGUGUGGCAGUUAUUUUAUGGAUAUGUCUAGAUAGGUCACUGCGGGUGAUAAUCUGAAGACAGAUGUAGCUCAGACGGGAUCUUCGAGCGUAUUUUUGUGAAAUUUAGUAGUGCAAUCUUGAGAGAAAUUGGGGCUAGCAUUGCUGGAAAAGGAAAACCGGGGAAUGUUAUUACUGUUCACACCUUUCUCUCUCUUUCGUGACAGAAUACUUCUAACCGUGUUUACCCUUUCUAGCAAUGACUACCAAAGAAGGAUAACCGAUUGGACUGGGGAGGAGUGGAACAUUGGCAGCACACUACCGUCCAAUCGGUAAGUAUUUACAAUGUUUAGUUAUUAGGUAUAUAUUUGGAA